CUUAUUCUGUUAUAUCCGGGACGUGAUUGGGCCCGGCAAUUAAUUAAAUUUGGGAUGUAUUUUGGGAUGUAUCCGUCGUGUGUCUGGUUGUUUUUUUGGUUUGUUUGUUUGUUUGUUUGGCCGUAGCAUCUGUGCCGAGGAGUAAUAAAUAGUGAGCACGCACCCAUGCGCGCUUCUCCUCUUGCGUGGUACUUUGCUAGCGAGCACCGAACUCGUGGUGGAAUCUUCCUGCUCUCGGGCCGCGUGGGCUGUAGGUCUCUGGCGCCUUUCCUUUUCCUUUGGCUUCUCUUUCCACUUACAAACUUUUUUUUUUCAGAUGCAAGACUGCUUACAAAUCAUUUCCCAUACAAAGACAACUGGACAGCCUCCACCUCACCAAGACAAGCGCCUAUAUACAACUACCAAGAGCUAUGCAAAUAAGGCCCGACUAAAUCUGUUAGGCGGGUUUCAUCUUCGGAGACAAGAGGUUUGGAAACAGUCACUCAUCUAAAUUUAGACCUUCAUGUGUAAUUGUG